ACUCCUCCACUUCGCUUGUCCACCACAAACAAUGGACAACCAUCAGCCGCUGCACCUCGCUGCAGCCGUGAACGACAUACCUUUCAUACAUCCAGCACUUGACGACCCACAGAGCUUCUUUGGAUCACCAGAACUCGAUCAAGGGCCUUCCGAGGAUACUGGGCGCAAUCCGGAAGAGCCUACGCAAGAGGAGAUAGAUGCUGUAAUUGAACAAUCGUUACUCAAGGCAGAAGCACAGAGCAAGUCAGAGGAAGAACACGCUGAGGCCGGAAUUGGUGAAACACAAGAUGUACAGAGCUCCGACGGGUCCACUCCACAGCUUUCUAGCCAUGGGUUUCACACUCAAGCCGCCGAGUUUAUUGACCAAAUUGAUCAAGUGGCAGGGCCAUCCUCGGUUGAUCAUCUUGACGUAGGCGGACCCGGUAUUUCUGAACAAGACCCCAUACAUAACCCGCCGGUCUGUCCGGCACCAUUUAUUCGUCCAGACAGGCACGAUGGCGUUACUCCGAGUCCCAUCUACUAUGUCUUCACCGACAGGACAACGUUUAAUGCUUGGCUAGAAGGAGAGUCCAGCUGGUGUCAUUUUGUCCAAAGAAGGUCCACGACACCGGAUAAGAGAUCGGCAGAGAGAUUACAGACCAGGAUUGCGAAACAUAACAAAAAGCUCGAAGCAAUGACUCCCGAGGAACGAGCUCUUGCCCUGCCUCUCAAAACUCGACGCCGUAAUCGUGUAUCGCCAGUAGCCGAAAAGGUAACAUAUACCUGUCACCACGCUGGUCAUUACUCUUCGCAACACUCUGUUGAGCUACCGAAGGAGAAGCUCCGUAUGAAUACCAAAAAGAGUGUUAAAUGCGCUUGUCCGAGUAGGAUCGUUCUAAGUGAGAUGCAAACAGGAGAAUGUAGGGUCUGUUACCACUGGAAGCAUGAGGGUCAUGAUCCAUAUAACGAAACCGACAAGGAUGGUGGCAGAAUGAACAAAGCCAUUGAUGAGUGGAUGGUUUCCCAAAUCGCAGCGGGCAGAACCCCGGAUGAGAUACGUCGUGCCCUUGAUAUCGAUGAGGAGGAGAAGAAAGCUUACCUUGACAAAGUCGCUGCCGAUCCUUGCCAACUCGACCCUAAUCUCCCCCCACCCAUCGCUCUUGUCCGCGCAAGCAAAUUCAAAUACUCUGAAAUCUACAAUCGCUACCGUAAACUCAAAGGUCCCAUCAAGGAAAGCCGUCCUCCCAAGAGCGACUCUUCCAGGUCAAGAGGCGAAAGUAGUAAAAAAGGCAAGCGAAAGCCAUCCGAAGCAGAGGGCGAGGAAAUCGAUGGUGAUCAAGAUGGUAAGAAGAAGAGAAGAGGCAGACCAAGGAAGGCUACAGAAGGGCAAGAGGAGGGCAUUGAAAAUGCGGAGCAAAUGCACGUACAGGAACAAGGAUCUGUACAACGUCAUCUGUCUGACACAGAUAUAUUUAUCGAUCCUGAGCUACAACGCUCCAUGGCUGAUCCCUCCAACACUGCAGAUACAAGCGUCCAUCUUGUCGAUUCUUCCACCGGUCACCAAAUGGAGAUGCUCCCAGAUCACCGGGACCAGAGUAUCCACACUGACUCGUUUCAUCACCAGCCACACGGCCAGCCACCUCCUACAUCCAACCCUGACAACCCACUCCCGCCUCAAACACACUCUGAGCACGAACACGGCACAUCCCAUACUAUGGAUUUAUCUGGUUUAUCUGGUUUACCGGGUUCGGCGGAGGAGGGAGACGACCAUGUCGAUACCGACUUUGCGUCACUGGCUGCCACGCAUGAGAGUCUCGCAAGAGCGUUGUUGACUUUACCAGGAGGCAGCGGAUUGAGAGAUGAAGAAAUCGCGGGGAUGAGUUUGGAGGAAGCGAUGAGAAGGUUAGCGGGAGAAGUACAAAACGCACAUGGGGAUGGCGAUCUGAAUAUGGCUUUGUAAACUAUUUUGUACACUUGGCUUGAUUUAUGUGCCUUUUAUUAAUACCAUGUAUAACGUCC